AAUGGCAACUCGGGCUACACAGAUUUCGACGCUAGUUGAGGAAAUUGCAAAUAAUCCCAAUCUUAAAGAAGAUCUGAAAAUUCUCCCCUCAAAUUACACAUUCGAAGUUCCAAAAACGAUAUGGAAAAUUCGAUCGACCGAGAGCAAAUACGUUGCACUCCAAUUUCCAGAAGGACUCAUUAUGUAUGCCUGCGUAAUUGCCGAUAUUCUGGAAAAGUACACUGGCUGUGAUACAGUAAUCAUGGGUGACGUCACCUAUGGAGCCUGCUGCGUCGACGAUUACACUGCAAAAUCAAUGGGAUGUGAUCUAUUAGUUCAUUAUGGGCACAGUUGUCUCGUACCGAUUCAGAAUACUGAUGGUAUUGCGAUGCUUUAUGUGUUUGUGAAUAUUCACAUUAAUCUAUCACAUUUGAUCGAUUGUGUGAAGGAGAAUUUUCAGGGAAAACGUCUUGUCGUCGUGAGUACUGUUCAAUUCAUCCCUUCACUUCAAACCCUUCGAACCACAUUCAACAAAGAUGACAGCUCAAUUCGCAUUGAUAUUCCACAAUGUAAACCAUUAUCACCUGGAGAAGUUCUGGGAUGUACGUCUCCACGAUUGGAUGCAUCGAAAUACGAUGCAAUUGUCUAUCUUGGAGAUGGACGAUUUCAUCUCGAAUCAAUUAUGAUUCAUAAUCCAGAAAUUGAAGCAUUCCAGUAUGAUCCUUAUUCAAGAAAGUUGACACGAGAGUUUUAUGAUCAUGAUUUAAUGCGGAAAAAUCGAAUUGGCUCGAUUGAGAUUGCUAGGAAGUGCACGACAUUUGGCCUUAUUCAGGGAACUCUUGGACGACAAGGAAACCUGAAAGUUGUUGAAGAACUUGAAGCACAGCUGGAGAGAAAAGGAAAGAAGUUUCUGAGAGUCUUACUGUCAGAAAUCUUCCCGGAAAAGCUGGCAAUGUUCCCAGAAGUAGACUGUUGGGUGCAAGUAGCGUGUCCUAGAUUAUCGAUUGAUUGGGGAACUCAGUUCCCGAAACCUUUGCUCUAUCCUUUUGAACUCGCGGUUGCUCUCGAUAAUAUUUCGGUGCCUUCAGAUCACUGGCCAAUGGACUAUUAUUCGAAUGAUUCCCUGGGUCCUUGGACGAAUAAUAAUGAAGCGAACCGUCCGAAACGGGAGAAACGGAAACCUCAUAUUGUUGUUCGAACAGAAGCAUCUUGAUUUGAUUUUUAAUUGAAUAUUUAAUAAUUUUUUUCUUGUUUGAUUUUUGUUUUUGUUACUCAAAAUUUGGUUUUGUUGAAAGUUUUUCUUAAAACCUUGUU